UUUACAAAAUGUAAUGUAAAACAAAUAUUACAUUACAUSUGAAUGACUGGUAAUCAAAACAUCAACUCAAUAGUGAUAAUCAAUUAAUUGUUGGAUCAAUUAGCAGAUCUUAAUCACAAAUCAUGUCGAAGAAGUCGUCGUCUGUAGCGAUGGGCGUCAAACAAGAGGACAUCACUCAAGCGGUCAUAAUUGCCGACAGUUUUACGUCAAGAUUUAAGCCGAUCACCAAUUUUAAGCCUAAAGUUUUGCUUCCACUCGUGAAUCGACCACUUCUUGAAUAUACUUUAGAGUUCUUAAACAACGCCGGAAUCGAUGAGACGUUUAUAUUUAGUUGUUCUCAUUGGCAACAAAUCAAACACUUUGUCGCCGAUUGGCAAACGAAGGCCUUAAAUAACUCGAUGACGAUUUCAGUGUUUGCGUCGGAAAGCUUUCAAUCGAUGGGCGACGCGUUACGGGAAUUGGACGCCAAAGCGGUCAUAAAAUCGGAUUUUAUACUCAUUAACGGCGAUUCAAUCGGCACUUUACCACUCAAAGAGAUCAGAGCUCAACAUAAAGCCAACAGAUUGAAAGAUAAGGGAUGUGUAAUGACUACUGUUUUCAGACGCGCCAAACCUAACCAUAGGAUCAGAUCACUUGAAGACGAAUUUGUAGCAGUUGUUGACUCUGAGACUAAUAAGAUAUUGCAUUUUGAAAGGAUUUUGAAUAAUAAGCGUCUUAGGAUACCAUUGAGUAAAUUUCAAGAAAACCAAAGUGUGGACAUUCAUCACGAUCUUCAGGACACACAUAUCAGCAUUUGUUCCAUUAAUGUUCCGCCACUUUUUACAGAUAAUUUUGAUUAUGAGACUAGAGAUCACUUUAUUGAUGGUAUUUUAGUUCACGAAGAGUUAUUAGGGAAUUCAAUCUACGCCCACACUGUGGACACCGGAUAUUGCGCGCGGGUUAACAAUGUUUGCAAUUAUGACAGAAUUAGUAAAGACGUGUUGCAAAGGUUUACUCACCCAAUGGUUCCGGAUAUGCAAAAUAUGUGUACAUAUCAGAGACAUAACAUAUAUAAGAAAAGUGGAGUCCAUCUGGAAGUAGAUACCACAAUUAAAGAGAACGUUGCCAUCGGUGAAAACUCUUCAUUUGGUAACAAGACUUAUAUAACUGACAGCACUAUUGGCUCCAAAUGUAAAAUUGGAAAUAAUGUCAGAAUAGAUAACUCGUAUAUUUGGGACAACGUUACCAUUGAAGACAAUUGUGUCAUAAAUCAUUGUAUUAUUGCUGACAAUGUCUACUUGAAGCCAAAUGUCACUGUAAAUGCCGGAUCACUUAUCUCUUAUAAUGUUGUUUUGGGUCCAAAUAUUAAUCUUAAAAAGUGUUCUUACAUUACCUACGAUCCGGACGAUGAAAGCGAUAAUAUUAUUGAUAAAAGUAUUGUCGGUAAUGAAGGCAGAGGUUGGAUCUAUAAAGAGGACAUCGAUGACGACGAUUCCGAAGAAGAAAAGGAUAUAUUCCAAGAGAUUUGGGGUGAAAGUGAAGAUGAGAACGACGACGAAGACAAAUACACAACGAGUACCAUAUUUUCCGAUAACUUUUCUUACGACGAACGCGAAGACAGUCCGAUUGGCGAUGACUUGAAAGUAUUUUACGAUGAAGUAAGUGAUAGCUUACAGCGUGGCAUCAAAGAGAAAGUCAUUUGCGAGAACCUAAUACUUGAGAUAAACUCAUCGAAACAUGCCUACAAUGUCCCUAUGAAGGACUUGAAUAUAUUGGUUAUGAAAGCCAUACUUGAUUUACCUAACUGUGCUGAGAAUACCGAUAAUGCGAUCAAUGCCAACGCUUAUUUCGAUGACCAGCUUAAGCCAUGUUUAGUUCAUUUAUUGCCAUUAAUUAAAAACUAUAUUAAGAGUCAGGACUCUCAAAAUGAUUGUAUCGAUGCUAUUGAAGAAUAUUGUCUUCUAAGCGAUCAGGGAAUUAAUGUUUCAAUUUUGGCCAAAACUCUUCAUUAUUUAUAUUUCGAAGAUGUGCUCAAAGAGGAUACCAUACUUGAGUGGCACAAGAAUGCCAAACCAUUGGCUGAACUAUCAUUUGCAGAUCAGGAGAACCUAAGAAAACAGAAAAUAGUUUUGGGAUUAAUUAAAUGGCUCGAAGAGGCUGAGGAAGAAUCGUCUACCGAUGAUGAAGACUAGUUGACAACAUUAGUUGAAUUGAGUCAACCACUAAACCUAUGCAUCAGCAGGCCUUAGGAAAUGACUUUUUUAUUGCUUUUUAUUUGUAAUUAAAUAAUUUAAAUAAAAAUUUAAUAAUAAUUAUUUAAAGUGUU